AUGCCUGGGCGAGGGACUGUCCAGCUCCUCCUCUUGUGUCUAACACCAGCUCUGCUGGAGGCCGUGCGGAUCAAUGCAAAGGGCCAGCAGGUGCUGUACCUGGCUCAGGGGGACUCGGUGAGGCUGGGCUGCCCCUACAUCCUGGAGCCUGAGGACAAUGGACUCAACAACCUGGACAUUAUAUGGACCAUGGUGAACCCUGACCAGAGGCUGCCGGUGAGUCUGAGUCCUGCCCCUCAUCCCACUUCCUUAUUCCUGAUCUACCAGGACCAGAAGAUCAGGUAUGGCAGCGUCCCAGGCCUGCAGCGGAGGGUGGCAUUUGUGGCCCAGGACCCAAGCCUGUAUGAUGCCUCCAUCCACCUGGCAAACCUGCAGGUGUCGGACUCGGCCACCUACGAGUGCAGGGUGAAGAAAGCCACUGUCGACACCCACUUGAUCACCAUUACUGUGCUUGAGAAGCCGGCCGCCCCUCGGUGCUGGAUGGAUGGGGAGCCGGCCAGGGGCGGGGACCUCAUGCUCAGGUGCUGCUCUGAUGGGGGUUCCCUUCCCCUCUCCUACCAGUGGUCCAAGAUGGGAGGGGACUAUGCCAUGGGCUGGCUGCCCCCCAGGACAGUGCAGGGGCAAGGCUCCGGAGACCUGAUGAUCCAGAGCCUGUCUCAGGAGCACGCCGGGACCUACUGCUGCCGCGUGACCAACAGGGUGGGUUACUCCCAGUGCAUGGUGCACAUCUCCAUCCCUCGCAUCGGCUACUCAGGUACAAGGAACGUGGGGCUCAUUGUGGGCUCUGUCCUGGGGGCCAUUUUCCUCCUGGUCCUGCUGCUCUCGAUCCUCUGGGCCCUGCUGUGGUACUGCAGACGGAGGCGCAGCCAGCCCGUGGUGCCUACUGAGAUCAGGUGA